AUGAAGCCCUUGUCCCCGGAAGCAGUACUGGAAAAGGCAACAAAGAACCUGCUGGAUCAUCAGGGAGAUCUUUCCAACAGAAAGCAUCUUCUUGGCUUCUUUGAGAUCCAGUUUGGUAUUUUCCAGGGCCAGACAUUCAAAUGGCUGCUGGAAAAUGCUUUAGGUUAUGCUGCCUACCUUGUUGCUGCUAUGAAGAGAGAUCCAACAGGGGGUAGUAAAGACACCAAGGAUCAUGCCAGCAACAAAGAAAGUUUCAGAGAAUACAUGGAAAUGUUUCCAUCUGCCAAAACUGCUGUGGCGAUGAAAGAGGAGCAGUGGUCACGAGAGAAGACACAGCCUAGUUUGUCCAGACAGCCGGGACCCUCGAUGGCAUCCUCUUCUUCUCAGACUCCAUCAACGUCUAAUCCUUCUGCUGCAAGACCUGCCAGUUCACCAUCACACCCCAAAACUCCUCAGCCCAUCUCCACCGCGUCUCUCUCUUCCCUAUUAGUGGGUAAUUUGGCCAAGGACAAAAACAUUGAGAAAGCUGUAAAAGGGCUGGCGUCCCCAUUUAAAGUCAGACCCUUGGAUGUUUAUGCUGUGUUGUUGUUGUUUUUCAGCUUUGAUACAUGCACAGCCGCAUUCCACAUCCACAACUUUAAACAAGCCAGCUGGAUCCCUUUCUUCCUCACCUGCGCUUGUAGGAUCCCCUUCACCCUCGAAGCCUCCUCCUCCACCUCCCUCCCAGUAGCAGGACCCUCUUCCCCACACCCAACUGUGGAAACCUCCAUCAAUCCUCCACAGACACCACCAGCCUUUGGCCCUAAAGCCAGUGAGCAGUUCUCCACCGCUGCAGGUCCAAAAACUCCCACCACAUUUCUACCCGUGUCGAGUGAAGUGGACGACAGCACGCUUCUGGCAGAAGCACUCAGAUGGGACAAAUCUCACUCAGCAACACAAAGAGUGUGUCUUCCAGCCGGCUGGCUUCCCACACUGCCUGAGGAUGACCAGAGAUGGAUGUCCAAAGCUCUUGUCAUGGUGGCCUCUGUCAGUGCUCCUCCCCUCCCCUCUCUCUGUGCACCUGAGGAUUGGAACCAGCUGUGGACACUCUGCUCAUCACCUCUCUGCCUUCAUAAGGAGAUCCAGCCCAGCAAUCAUCGUCAGUCCGUUGCCUACCUCGGUGCAUGUCUGAACCUCAGUUCUUGCUCUCAUCCAUGUUCUGGCCUUUACUUACCCUGCUUAUCGAUCCGCCUCCAGGUUUCCAAAACCCACGAGUCUCCACCUGGGAGAUCUUCGGCUGGCUCCGCUCCGGUCUCACCUCAAGUCACGCCACGCUCCUCGCUCGCCACGGGUCCCAAGACAUCAGGCAGUGCGCAGUGAUCCUCACCGCACGUCUCGCUCCACUCCAGCCACGUCACGCUCCCAGCUUAGCUCCCAAGACGCUACGAGCUGCUGCUACGCCGACACCCCUCCAGAGCUCCAAGCUAGCAAGAUGUAACUAACAACCUGAACAGUUUAUUUCCUGCUUGGA